UCCUUGGAUUGACGUACGUUUUCCGAGCCAUAUCUCGAGCCGGCUCCACAGUAAUGCUGUCCGACCUUAAUACAGCUGUAAGCAAGCUGGUCGGUUAUGCUUGGAGGUUCGCUUUGGGUGAUAAUUUCAGGCCAGUAUGGGGGUUUUGCCCCCUAUUUUGUUAAUGGUGUAUGUGAUGUUUGAUCCGCGUUUAUGACCAGCUUUCAUUCGUGCCGUGUUCACAUGCUAGUCGGAAUUAGGACACUCUGAAAAGUACGACUUGCUAACCAGUUGUAGUUAUACAAGUCCAGUGUUCAACGAAUCAGUAAGUCGGAAAUGUCAGAGUUUAUUCGUUUCAACUAGUAUUUGAACGCAGCAUCAUAGCUGCUCCUUAUGGAACGCCGUUUGGGUCUUUGCGUGUCAAAAAAGAUACACGUCAAAUAACACGAUUUGACGUGUAAAAUAAGCUUGUUGUCCAAUCAGGGCUUGAAUAUCACAGCACGUUACAUAAUAAUUGAACAUGUUCAUACAUUUUGGUUGUAGUUAUACAAUUUGGAAAUACUAGGAGUUUCCUAGUUCCAACUAUCCCAUGAACGCAGCAUUAGAGCUGCUAGUCAUAAUUUCGUGUCGUGUCUAAAAACUAAAUUUGCAUUUUCGCCUUGUUCACGCCUCCUGGCAGUUCUUCUUGACAUUGAGGGAGUUAUGUUAAUGGUAACGCCCCGGGUGAAGCGGGUUAGCAUUGAUUGUAUUCGUUUUGGAAACCGCGUUCGAGCCAGGUGAUCCGUUUUGGCCGACAGCGAAGUCGGCUCAAAACAAAAGUGAUGUAGGUUAAUUAAGCACGUGGAUGAGUAGCAUCAAAGAUUGUGUACUAUAUUGUCAAGUGAUCGCUCUAAAGAUGGAAAUACAUGUCCUAAAAUAUGGAAGGAGGCGAGAUCAGAUUUGCAACACACUUGACAGAUGGGCAGCCUGGCCAGAUUACGCUGAAUAAGCACAACAGCCUGGCCAGAUUACGCUGAAUAAGCACAACAGCCUGGCCAGAUUACGCUGAAUAAGCACAACAGCCUGGCCAGAUUACGCUGAAUAAGCACAACAUGACCACUGAGAAAGGCAUUCCCAGUAAUUCCAGGGUGCUGAUGUUGUUUGGCCAGCUGGAGAAGCUGAACAGGGAGUCCAUGCUGGUGGACCCUGAGAUCGCCAGGCAGAUCACUGCCAAGGUCCUUCACCUCAUACAGACUCAAGAGAAGACACGGAAGGAGAUCAUGUCCAAGGGCUCCAGUGGCAUGGAGGUUAUCCUGGCGACUUUGGAGCACUUGUCCAGCAAGUAUGGUGGAUGCGUAACCAGGCCAGUACUGUACAGCUUGGUUCAGUCGUGUGAAAGGAACACACAGGAUCUGCAAACUAUCCUGAACAUUUUGUACAUUCUGAAUGAGCUGUUAACCGUGGGUGGGGGUCGCAGGAUUGGUGUGUUUGUGUCCAAGGGUGGCACAGGCAUCUUGCUGCAGCUGGUCAUCAGAGCCAGUAAAGAGUCUCCCCCUAGCGAGGAGUUCAUGCUGCAGCUCCACUCAGUCCUGGCCAAGGUUGGACCAAAAGACAGGAAGUUUGGUGUGAAAGCCCGUCUGAACGGAGCUCUAAAUGUCACUGUGAACCUGCUCAAACAAAACCUACAGAACCACAAGCUGCUGCUGCCCUGUCUGCUGGUUCUACAGGUCUACUCCUCCAACACUGUGAAUGCUGUGUCCCUGGGGAAGAAUGGAGUGGUGGAGCUCAUGUUCAAAAUCAUUGGACCUUACAGCAAAAAGAACACCAGUCUGCUGAAAGUAUCCCUGGACACACUGGGGGCCUUGCUCAAAUCCAAGACGAACGCCCAGCGGGCGGUGGUCCAUGUGCCCGUGCUGCUGUACAUCUAUCAGGAUUGGCACCGCAACGACACGCGCCACCGCCACAUACUCAUCCGCAAGGGCAUCCUGGGCUGCCUGAAGAACAUCACCAACAUCAAGCUGGGCCGCAAGGCCUUCAUCGACGCUGAUGGGAUGAGGAUCCUCUAUAACACCUCCAAUGAGUGCCUGCCAGUGAGGACUCUGGACCCUCUGAUCAACACCUCCAGCCUCAUCAUGAGGAAGUGCUUCCCCAAGAACCGCCUCCCUCUGUCCACCAUCAAGAGUGUCUUCCACCACCAGCUGCUUUGUGUACCCGCAGGAGGGCCAGUCGCUCAGCUCUACAACCAGCCACUGGGGGUGGAUGAUGUGGUGGACGAGAGCGACAAUUAUGAGGAUGCAGAGGCCGAGAACGACACGGAGAACGAGAUGGAGGAGAAGGACCGCCACGCUGGGAAUGAUGACGUAGAAACGGACAUCAAUAAACUGAGACCCAAGGAGACCCAUAGCAGGCCGUUUGAAGAGCUGAAGAUCUAUGAGAGAUUUUUUAUGGAGCUCUCAGAGGAUUUCCAGGUAUUUAACUUUGACAACCCAAAGAGAGGUGUGACGGCCACCCCAGCAGCUCCCAAGUCUCACCGCCCAAUCAUCGUUCCCACCACCCAGGCCCUGCCCCCGAAAAACCCCACUGCUGCCCCCCUUCAGGGGGAGUGCCCCCAUCCGGCCCCAGUCCCUGCCCUGGACCUUGACACCAUCAACAUCACCAAGGACCAAGAUGGCUGUGGUGACCACACCCACAGCCGAUCCCACCCUGGGGCGGGGCUGGAGCAGGAGCUGGUGCAGGGACUGGAGCGGGUGGCCCUGGAUGGGGCUGGACCUCAGGCCGGAGGAGGAGGGGUCAACAAGCACAAUAGACAGCCCCCAAUACUGGCUGGGGGUGUGGCUGCCCGACUGGGGGGAGAGGGUGAGGAGAUGUCAGCGGAGGACUGGGCUGAGGAGGAGGAGAGCGGCGAGGGGGCAGUGCUGCAUGUGCCGGACACGGCCUUGCUCCUGCCGCUCCACGACCCUGACCUGUACGUGGAGAUGGUGAAGAGCACACGCUCUGUGCCACAGUUUUCUGAGGUGGCCUACCCAGACUACCUUGGCCACGUGGCGCCCACCUCCCGAGAACACAUCCUGGAGAGGGUCUACGGCGUGCAGAGUCCUCUGCCACCCUUCAGGACUAAGAUCUUCCAGGACAUUGAGAGGCUGAUCCACCCCAACGACAUCCUGGAUAAGGUGGUCUACGACUUGGACAUACAGAGUUGUACAGUGGUUGACGGCGGCGGAUCUCUGAAGUUCAACUCUCAGUUUGAGUCUGGCAACCUGAGGAAAGCAGUUCAAGUCAGAAAGUUUGAGUACGACCUGGUCCUAAACUCCGACAUCAACAGUAACCACUACCACCAGUGGUUCUACUUUGAGGUGAGCGGCAUGCGCGUGGGAUCCCCCUAUCGCUUCAACAUCAUCAACUGUGAAAAGUCCAACAGCCAGUUCAACUACGGUAUGCAGGUUCUGAUGUACUCUGUACAGGAGGCCAUUAGCGGCAGGCCCCGUUGGGUUCGCACCGGAACGGACAUAUGUUACUACAAAAACCACUUCUCCAGGAGCUCGAUAGCAGCAGGCGGUCAGAAGGGGAAGUCCUACUACACCAUGACCUUUAGCAUGACCUUCAACCACAAGGACGAUGUCUGCUACUUCGCUUACCACUACCCUUACACCUACACUACUCUAAAGAUGCACCUGCAGAAGCUGGAGGCGCUGAGGACCCCUCAGACCUACCUGCGCAAAGACGUCCUGUGUGAGACUCUGGGGGGCAAUAGCUGCCCCCUCCUCACCAUCACCGCCAUGCCCGAGUCCACCAGCAACGACCAGAUCUGCCAGUUCAGGAACCGUCCGCUGGUGUUCCUGUCAUCGCGGGUGCACCCAGGGGAGACCAACGCCAGCUGGGUGAUGAAGGGCACCCUGGAGUUCCUGAUGGGCAGCAGCCCCCUGGCACACAGUCUCAGGGAGGCAUACAUCUUCAAGAUAGUCCCCAUGCUCAACCCUGACGGAGUGGUCAACGGCAAUCACCGUUGUUCUCUGAGUGGGGAGGAUCUGAACCGACAGUGGCAGAACCCCAGUCCUGAGCUGCAUCCUACCAUCUACCACACUAAGAGCCUGCUGCAGUACCUCGCUGCCAUCCAGAGGGCACCAUUGGUGUUCUGUGACUACCACGGUCACUCCCGGAAGAAGAACGUGUUUAUGUACGGUUGCAGUUUGAAGGAGACUGUAUGGGAGACCAACAUCAGCGCUACAUCCUGUGAGCUACAUGAAGACCUUGGUUACAGGACUCUGCCUAAGAUCCUGUCUCAGAUGGCACCGGCCUUCAGCAUGGCCAGCUGUAGCUUUGUGGUGGAGCGCUCCAAGGAGGCCACGGCCCGCGUGGUGGUGUGGAGGGAGAUCGGAGUCAAGCGCAGCUACACCAUGGAAAGCACACUCUGCGGCUGUGACCAGGGCAAAUACAAGCAACCCGAGUACGUACUUGUUGGAGGAUGAAGAGGCAUCCUUCAUGGAGGAGGUGGACUACAGCGCCGAGAGUGGCGACGAACCCGACAACGACCCCAACACCGCCGACAACCACCUCUCUGAAUCCAACAACCAUAGAGACUCACUCACCUAGCUCAAACCCCCUGAUCACUACCCAACCCCAACCAGAUAUCCCCAUUUUGCUCUGAAGUUACUUACUCCUCUCCCUCUGGCCUUGGUGCAUCAUGGAUACCACAUCCAUGCUAUAUUUGCCUUGCAUAUCUCAUGCACAUUUAGAGCGUUAUAGAAUGAAUAGACACGUUAGACAAAUAACACAAGUUAACACAAGGGUUUUGUUGCAAUGUCACCAUUUGUCAUAAAGUGUUACACAAAGAGAAUUUCUAAAUCUCUAUUUACGUAUGUCUAUAGGUAAUUCUAUGGUUAGACACAAGUUGAGAUGGAAUGUACACCUUGGUUGUAUUUGCAUAAAUGGUACAGUAUGUCUCAAUGACCUACUAAUAACAGUAGCGCACAAUUGGCAUACCGGAAAGGUAGCAAGCAAAGUAGAACCAUUUGCACAUGUAACACAUCAACAUGCAUACCGUACGCAUGAACACAGGUACAGGGCAGAAGAAAAGGUCAAAAGCUCAGGCCAAAACUGACAUUGAUGUUGUGGAUCUGUUUUGUGCUACUGAGAAGUACAUGUAUUUCUGUAGUCUGUCUGUAAGCUUAGUUGGUUGUCUGUACAAUGCAAUGGUACUGAGUUUUAGGAAGGAUGGUGCUAUUUGGGAGUAGUUUAGAGAAUUUUUAUAACAUAUCUUUUUUUUAACUUGUAUUUUUUCUAGAUGUAAGUAGGUAUUACGUUUUGGUUGUGUUUGUACAGUCGGUGCAUAGCUAUUUAAAUGUAAUUUUUCUUAUUUAUUUAGUUUGAUUUUAUUUGUGAGACGUAUCCUGUGUGUUUUAGUAGAUGGAAAUGCUAGACCACCAUUAGAACUGGGCAGCCAAAUGCUCUGUUUGUGGGAGUAAAAAAAGAAAACUGACUAAACCUUUUAAUUUGAUUGUAACACAAAUAAGUUAAAGCUUGCAAUGAAAUCGUGGGAAAUAAAUGUGAAUGUGAAAAUA